ACGUGACAUUUAGAGCCAGAUGUGUGUUGUGCAAUGUGAUCAGUGUGAGGGUCAUGCUGUCCUCACCCAACACACUCCAAGGUCCAACUUUAAAGUUAGCGAUCUGUCCUCACAGACAGUCUUUCCUGACCAGGUCAGAAGAUUACUAACUGAACAUAAAGAUGGGAGACUGGGGAUUCCUAUCAAGCCUGCUGGACAAGGUCCAGUCCCACUCCACGGUCAUUGGGAAGAUCUGGAUGAGCGUCCUCUUCCUGUUCAGGAUCAUGGUUUUGGGUGCCGGUGCCGAGAGCGUCUGGGGUGACGAGCAGUCGGGUUUCCUCUGCAACACCCAGCAACCUGGUUGCGAGAACGUCUGCUACGAUUGGACCUUCCCCAUCUCGCACAUUCGCUUCUGGGUCCUCCAGAUUAUAUUCGUCUCCACGCCGACGCUGGUCUACCUGGGCCACGCCAUGCACGUCAUCCACAAGGAGAACAAGCUCAGGGAGGCGAUAGCGAGCCCCGGUGGGUCCCGGGUGAUGAAAUUGCCCAAAUACACGGACGACAAGGGUAAAGUGAAGAUCAAGGGGAACCUGCUGGGGAGCUACCUGACCCAGCUCGUGGUCAAGAUCAUCAUCGAGUCCGCCUUCAUAGUGGGUCAGUACUACCUGUACGGCUUCAUCAUGGUCCCCAUGUUCCCCUGCUCCAAGGAGCCCUGUCCCUUCACCGUGGAGUGCUACAUGUCCCGACCCACAGAGAAGACCAUCUUCAUCAUCUUCAUGCUGGUGGUGGCCUGCGUCUCCCUGUUCCUCAACGUCAUCGAGGUGCUCUACCUGAUGGUCACCAGGGUCAGGUGUGGGCGCAGACCUCGCACUCACAAGAUCACUUCAGCGGAAAACCCUGCCAGCCUGUCAGGUCCCAGGUGGCCCACUUCAGAGGAGGCGCUCAAGCAGAACAAGAUGAACAUGGAGCUAGAGAACAGCCAGAGUAUCGGAGGAAGUCUGGACGGGGCCAAAGAGGAGAAACGACUACUGAGCGAUCAUUAAAAACCACUAUAACAUAUUAUCUUACCCGCCUUGUUCAGAUACAUCUAAGAGACUGAAGUGAAGAGUGCCGUACAAAUCAUGAGAGAACAUCAAGGAGAAGAUUUAUCAUUGUGUUAAGUCAUAUUCCUGCUGAGAAAAAAGUAAAUCUGCAAUUUUUUUAGGGCCACAUUGUUGGGAUUUUACAUUUACUUUGUAAUAUUUAACAGCAAAUCUAAUGAUGGAAUGCGUGCAAUAUUGAUAAUGUAUUUAUGUUCUUUGAUACUCAUUUGUUUAUCGGUUAGUGAGCAGAGUUUGGUCUAUGCCCAGUUUUUGAAUGUGUCCUGUGAGUUAUUACCAUGUUCAUUAUCAAGGACUUGAAAUAGUUUGCUCACUGAGUGAUGAUGAUGAUGAUGAUGAUGAUGAUGAUGAUGAUGAUUGUGUUGAAAAGAGACAUUUUUUGUGCUGUAUUGUUUUUAAUAAAUGAUUCAAGUUGGAUAAAAACAA